UGUAUAUCAAAAUAACCGGAGCAAUCUCAUGUGCAUAGAUGACCGGACCGUUUCGUGGACUGCGUAGAGUCUGUGGUGUACCGUCUCCUACUGCUGUGGUUGAGGCAACGCGGACUUUUAAAUGCACCUGAAGUGUAACUAUUGGCGUGCGUUCCAGAUAUAGUACCAGUUCUAAAGUAUUGUGGUUUCAGCAAAGAUUAUUGAAAGCAGUGCGUGAACAUAAUGCGUAGCGACGACGACAGGUACGGUGACAGGCCUCGGUCGUCGAGCCAGCCGAGAAAGUUCCGCAUGAAUGAAGGAGAUUGGCUCUGCGCCGAUUCGCAGUGUGGAAACGUCAACUUUGCACGUAGGACCAGCUGCAAUCGGUGUGGUAAAGAGAAACUGGAUCUGGCAUCUAAGCGGCAGCUUGGUCAUGAGAUUGGCAAGGCAGCGGCCGAGAAAAGUCGUGGUCUGUUCAGCGCUGACGACUGGCAGUGUGGCCGCUGUGGCAACGUGAACUGGGCUCGCCGUCAGUCAUGCAACAUGUGCAAUGCUCCCAAGUUUGGCGAAGUGGAGGAGCGCACAGGCCUUGGAGGGGGCUACAACGAGCGUGAGAAUGUCGAGUAUGUGGAGCGAGAGGAAUCAGAUAGCGAGUAUGAUGAUUUUGGCCGCCGAAAGAAACGGGCUCGACGAGAUGAUGACGGGGCAGCCAGUCCCCCCUCCCGGCCAUCAGCAAGGGAGGUUGAAGAAAAAGAGAAUGAUGACAAUGAUAAGGAAGAGGAUGAUGAUGAUGAUGAUGGUGAUCUCUCCAAGUAUGACCUGAGCGGCUGGGAUUCUCCUCACAGCCCCGGCUCGAGUGACAAGCCAGAAGAGGAACGGCCCCGGGAGGAAAAGGCAGCGGCUGGAGGAGCGUCCAGGUCCAGGUUUGCAGCAGCUGCGCUGGCUGGGAGCAUGUGCAGCUGUUGCGUGCCACUCCCAUCAGUGGCCCUAGUUGCAUGCAAUGAGCAGGCCAUUGUGGUGCAGUACACUGUACACAAUAUAUUCCAGCAGAUAUUAUCUCGCAAUGAACAUGGAUGUUCAUGCGAUUAGCAUUGAAUCAGUGUAGCGACAUCGUAUUGCCGACACCGAAACACGUCACGCAUGCAGCUGAGCUCCUCUCACACUUCCCUCUGAACAUGCUGUGCUACUACCGGUACUGCUGCGAAGUCCGUGCCUGGCACGUGUGUGAAUUCAGACAUGAUUUUCUAAAUACAAAAUACUACUAAAGCAUCCUGAAACAUGCAUUUGUGAUGACUGGCCACAGAACUGCAUAUGUUUGAGAUGUGCCUCGUGAAUUGACACACAGCAGGCCGUGUCAUGCAGUGAUGACCAAAGGUGGCUGAACCAGGCUUGCUGCGACGUGAUAUUGCAAAUCUCAAAGCUCCCUGCCUGCUUGAAGGAACCAUAGGUGACUUACCGUGACUUAUAUAACCUCUCGUUUUGCAUGUAGAAAUGAGGCAGGCAGACAGCAUAUGUGUCAUUGAGUAGCUGUCGAGAAAGGUCAACCUUGGAACUUGCAAGGGGGAACAUCGUGGUGUUCUAUUCUGGGUCACCAAUGUGGAAAAAAUGAUGUGGCUCAUAGAGCGCUAAGCAAGAACUGAUUUAUUGCUCGCAGCGUGCACCUCUCGAGGUGUUCUCAUGUGCCAUCCUCCUUGUUGUCGGUGCCAUGGUGCACCAGAGCCACCACACACAGUCUUUACUUCUUGCUUCUUGCUCUGCUUGUACAGUAAAACUUCAUUAAUAUGUAGUUGGUGGGGACAUGGAAAAAAUAUGUACUAACCAGUUAUACAAUGAACCUAUACACCUUAACCGAAAACCACGAAUUAGCCGCGGCUUACCUUUCAAAAGUGAACAAAAAGUCAUCGCCACGAAAAGGGCCAAUUUUCCAAUAGCUGACAUCAUUCAAAAAGCGUGUUUGGGUCAGUGCACUUCUUCCUACUGUUACUACGCAGUUUUAUAAACAGCCUAAAGUAAACAAAAUUUUGCUUUUGAAUUUCAAUAUUAAAUACCGUAUUUACUCGAUUGUAGCGCGAGUUUUUUUUAAAAGAUUUUUACUACCUGAAGUCGAUCCUCGCGUUACAAUCGAAUACCGAAAUUCAAGUUGUCUAAAAAGUGCAAUGAUGCACCCAAUUCUAAUCAACGAGUGAACCAUGUGAGGGAAAGUGAAAUGUGAGAGUGAAAGCUCGCGAGGGACGCACGCUUUCACGAAGAGCCAAACGCACGGCAAAGAGCAAAUGCGACGUCUCCGUCUCGCGAAAGGCCCGCACAAAAGGCCAUGGAAGGAUGGGAGGGAUGGGAGGAAACGUUUAGUUGCAGCACCAAAUGUGUAUCUUGCGACUGGUCACAAGGGGAACUGGCAACUCAAUCUCCCACACGAAAGGAGGAAAGCUAGAAGGCAACGUGGGAGGGAGGGGGUGCGGCUUCUACUCUGCCGCAAUUGCGAACUUGUACUUUGCGUGACUGCGAGCAGUGGCUAGCACCGUUUCUUGAAAGUGAUCUCCACACGACUUUGACCUUUUUAUGCGCUGUGGUUUCGCCGCUCAGUUUCCGUUGAAGCGAUAGACCGCACGAACCUUCGCUCGCUGCUGGCCCGCACUUGCUCACGCUAGCGUUUUGACAGUGGCUGUCUGCGGUCAUCUAGUGUGAUCUAUUCAUUUUUGCUUGUGCGCCCUGACACCAUGCUUGUUAAUUCAGUUAGUAAGCGAAUGUGCCCAAGUUUAUGCAGCCGAUAAACCUACUAUCCUUACUCCAUAUAGCUCUCUACUAAUUUCCUAUUGCAAUUGAUGCGUCGCCUUUUGGGUGAAACUGCGACUUUUUCAGGCAUCCGGUGGUCUUGCGUUACUUUAGCAUUUUUUUUUCCCUCUUUUUUUUUCUUUUUUUGCUGGACGCAACAAAAAGUCACCCCUCGCAUUACUUUUUCGAUUUUAUUUUUUCUUGAUGGUCGCAAUGAAAAGUCACCUCUCGCGUUACAAGCGCGGUCGCGUUACAAUCGAGUAACUUCCGGAAGAAGCCGACUGUAGUCUGCUCACGCUCGGCUGCGGUCACCCCCGUAGGAAUUAAACUUUGGCCACCCCACUUAUCUGUGUCGUAGGGGUCUCGCUAAUUUCGACUAAUUUUCAACACUCGGCUAGCCUCAAACCACGCGAAACUUAAGGUCAGAGCACACGCAUGCUUGUCAGCAUGUGCUCACUCCUUGCCGCUCGUGGUUAGACGCCUUGGCAGACUUUGCUUCCUAAUGAUCGAGCUAUUGAUAGCGCUUGAAAAUGCUCAAGUUGGAUGUGGCUGUAUCUGUAGGUCAAACUGGUGCACAACAAAGCCAGUCCGCACCACGUAGCACAGCCGACAGUAGACUCUAGCCCUGUCGAGCACAAAGCAAACACUGCGCAGUUGCACGUAGCUGCCUUCUAGUACGUAAUUUAAAUACUGUGGCUCGCUCUGACAACUGCGUUUGGCGUUUCGUAGGUGCCAAAAUUGGAAAUAGUGACGUUACAUGAACAUUGAAAAUCAAAUUUGAACUGCGUGCCAUGGCGACUUUCAGUAGGCGGAGCGUUGUGGACACAUCCCCGCUGCAACGUAGCCUUCGCCGAAGAAGGAACGGAACAUAGAGUUUCAUACAAUAAUUACUAAAGGGAACUCUGGCACUAGUGUCUACGGGAGCUGCAAUGGGGGUGGUCCAGCCAGCAUAGGAAUUAUGGGAAGUACAUGGAUUUGCCUAAACUUUAUCCUUCUGGCUUCAAACGGCUUUGUGACUUUGUAAACUCGUCAUUUUCAACAAAGUGCUCCGUAAUAAAUAUUUAAAUAAACGUUAUUAAAAUUGUCCGACAGCAGGAUUCGAACAUAGGACCUCUAGCACAGAAGCUCGAUAUUGAAACCAUUACACCACGGAUGCAUGCAUCGACAAGUGACAUAAAAUGCCCUUACGAUUUUAUCGUGUUCAAGCCAGUGCCUUGAGACGCUUGGUGCGUUCUGAUUUGGCCACCUCGACAAGCUGAACCGUUGAAAUUAGUAGUGAUUGUGUGUGUUCGCAGCGUCUUCUGAACUUCGAAAAGUAUAGAUCGCCCUAAAAGUUACAAAAAUGAUGGCAUAUAAAGCGUAAUAAACAAUAUAAUAAACAACCCCUGAAUACCCCCCCCGCCGGUGCGCCACUGUUUUAGCCCUGCCAUAGGGGCCUUUGUCUUUGUAAAAUUGCAUAAAAAUGUUUAGAUGAAGAUGGGCUGGUUCUUGGAUUUCAGUAUGAUCAAAACUGAUAGCAUCGUUUUGCUGUGUUAAAAGACCUAGACGGAGUCUCCACCUUUUUGCGCUGCACCGAAGUACGUUUUCAUAACAGCUUGCCCACUUACCUAUGCAGCAACAGAAAUGCUAGGUCAGGCAGUUAGAAAUCUGGCAAUUAUGCCGAUCGAGCAACGCGGCCACCUGGCAUGACAGGAUGAGACCACGAAAAUAACAGGUACCAACGUGGCAGUAGUGCACCAAGCUGGGCUAGUUGGUUGAAGUUCAUAUUGGAAAGAUUUUAACUGCGCUAGAAACAAGGACAAAAGGAGGACGAAAAAACACCACGUGCGCAUGGUGUCUUUUACAGCGUAAGAUGAGGAUCAAGCAAGCUUAAGCUGUUAUGGGCUCAUUCCAAUAACCGUUUCGGUUCGCAUGAUGCCGCCGUAACCGCUAUCGCCGGAAAUGCGAAAAAAGUACCCCGAUUCCCGCCGGGAUCGAACCCGCACCCGCUGCGUAGGAGCCAGUUACUUACCACUGAGCCACGCAAGUGCUUGCUUUUGGGCAGCGGAAAAUGCCCUAUAAGGCAAGCGCGCAGGGGCAGAUGACCCAAGCCUCCACCAGUAUGGUGGCGCCAUCUAGGUAAGGUGCCUGCAAACGCAGCAGGCGCAGGCGAUGAGAUGCGAUUCAGACGAGGCGCGCAAUCAAUGCAAUCCCGAGCUGCCGAGUCUCCACCAGUAUGGUGGCGCCAUCUUGUUAAGAUCCCUGCAAACGCAGCAUGCCCGACAUGUAAGUUGCAGUUGUAAGGCUUGAUCGGGCUCAGCAGACUGCUGUGCAGAAAGGAUUACAAGCCGCAGCUCGCCGUCGACGCCGGGCGGACAGUUCAGAUCGUUCUCGUCAAAACGAGGCGAACAGCUCGCCGUUGACGCCAGGCGGACAGUUCAAAUCGUUCUCGUCAAAACGAGGUGAACAGACUGCCGCAAAGACCCUGUUGUGCAUGGUUCCCAAAUUGGAGCUACUCUUGAGCCACUCCACUAGCUUAUGCUGUGACUGUGCUGCUUGUGCCGCGCAGGCCUGUGACUUUUUCGUUCUCCUUUUGUCCCUGUUUCUAGCGCAGUUAAAAUCUUUCCAAUAUGAGCAACAUGGCAGCGUCUUUGCGGUUGCCACUUUUUUCGCCCAGCUUCUCCUCAAGAGUCGGUAUACUAUGUACAUUAGAUUUGCCUGCACCACCUGAACCAGUUCACGAACUGCACCCUGCCAUUCGUUGCAGUGGUGUAGCAGUGGCACCCGCUGAACCACGCCGUUCGUUUGAAAAGGUGCAGGGCUGGUUCAUGAUUUUGCUGCAACCACUCCACUGUCGGUGCCGAUUUGGUGCAGACGUACAGGUGCAAAGCGGCAGCGCACCAGAUGAUGCAGCACACAGGUGCGAGUGGGGUUAAAACCCCGCUACACACCUCUGAUGUGUCUACGUAAGUGUUGUGUGUAUUUACGCCCCAGAAGCCGAUCAUACUUGCAGUUCAGGACCUCUCAAACUUACGCACUCCAUGCACAUUAGUCGAACAUAACAUAGCGCCUGCACUGCGUCUGCACCUUGGCAUUCGUUUUGAGUGUCGCGCUGUGCCUGCACCGCAGAAAUCGAGCUGCACAAUUUCUUAACUUCUCGUGAACUGCCGUGAACUGGUUCACAGUGGUGCAGGCGAAUCGAACAGACCUACUAUCUCUAUGGCCACAAUGUUUUAUUUCUACAUGACCUCCUCCUGCAUCGUGACGCACACACCUCCUGAGAAACAAAACCAAAAACUAAUUCGGGUAUAGAAAAAUUGUAGUAAAUUAUUUAUGGAUGCUCCGAGGCUUCCCUGCAUUUUUCAAGGCUUUCAAGAUUGAGGACAUUCCUUUGACGAAAAAGGUUAAAAAUCGGAAAUGUUAUGUCGGUGCUCCUUUAAUCUUGUGUCAGUGAUGCCAUACAUUCAUGCUUGACUUGUGUGCUUCUCAUCUUUAAUGAUGCGCGUAGCAGAAUAAUUACGUAAAGAUGGAGACACAGCUGCAGCAUCGCACAUCUGUUUUGUGCUGCUGGCGCAGGGACAGCCGGGACUGGGACUGAAGAGGCAGGAAAUAAAAGCUGCAGCAGCAGA